UAAGAAUUACUUGUUUAUCCGAUUUCCACAAAGAUUCUCAUCGUAAUAAUCCAACAAUGAGUAUCGAGUCUCUUUUAGAGCACAUUUUACUGACAGAGCAGCAGGUGUCAGAGAAUAUUAGGCAGCUUCAUGAAGUUAACUCCAGCAUAAAGACCGCGCAGGACAAAAUAAACUCUUCAAGUCAAACACUGGAGAAAGCACAGCGUGAACAUGAUAAGAAGGCUCAGCUCCUGUCGGAAACCAAGAUGCAACUUGAUUUAAUAACAAAGCGACAAGAGCAACUAGAAAGGCAGAGAGAUGAGCUACUGGGACUGCAGAGAGAUCUUAGGGAGAAACUGGACAAAUUGAAAAGGGAGUCGUUGGAGGAGCGAGAGAAAUUCUUGAAGGAGAUGAUAACUUUCAAUAGUGAAUUCAAUCUAAUGAGAAACAGAAAUGUUUUUCUCGCCCAAACCCAAUCGAAGAUCCAAAGUUUGGAGCAGGAAGCUGAAACUCUAAACAAAGAGAUUGAAUUGCUGAGACAAAAUAACCCUUGGCUGAGCUCCAUGGAGGCAGAGAAGAGAUCACUAGAAACUGAGCUUCAGGAUCUACAAUCACAGCUCACAGAUAUAGAUAAAGAUCUGACUGAAGCAGUGACUCUGACAGAGCGUUUGAAGACAGAGAGGCUCAUGGUCCGUGAGAAACCCUUAACAGACAGUACCUUUGUCCGAAGCAGUGGCGGACUGGCUGUCUGGAGCACCGGGAGUUUUCCUCAAUGUGGGCCGGCCCACUCCACAGCGGUAACAGCGCUCGUCAAUGUCAAAAGGUUGGCCAAUCAAACAGAGUUUAGAGAAUUCUAGCCAAUCAAAUUUCAGAGGCCAAGCAGAAUUUAAACCAAUCAAACUGAAGAAGACAAAGGUUUCAGCCAAUUAAAUUGAAGAAGACUGGAAGACAGAAGUUCGGUAGGCGGGCGCUAACAGAAACCAAUGCGAAUUCAGUUGAUGACAGUGAAGUAGUGAGAUAUGGGAAGUCAAACAUAACAAAGCCAACUGUUUGACAAUAAAAAUGAUAAAAGAUUUUAGAGAUGCAAACUACUUAACUUUUGUGAGUUUUAAAUGAAAACUUAGGUGGUUUGUCACAUAAUGUAAGAUGUAUUUAUUUAUUAUAUAUCCAUGCUCUCCAGUGUCUAUAAAUGUGUUGCAAAUUUUUUCUUUCUUAUAGAAGCUAUCCUAUGUCACCAUUAAAGAAAUGUUGCCAUGGUAAUACCUCUCUUUAAUUGACUUGGAGUGUGAAGGAUGAGGCUAUGACAUGCUUGACUCUUACAAGCUUUUUGUUUUUUAUUUUGAAUAGUUAAUAAUUGUGAAUGUAAUAACCAUAGUAAAAGUGAGAUUGAAUUAAUUGAUACUGUAUAGCAUCACUGCAUGGCAUGUUAGUGGCAACUGUAUGUGCAGUGCAGUAUGUGUUCACUAUUAGCUGCAGCACAUUGCUGUACUGCUUGUUCACAGGAACCAACAGUUUUUUUCCACCUCUGAGCGCGUGUUAACACCCGCGCUUCGAGUUUAUUUUCAGCCUUGUCGUCUUUCACAGGUUGCACCUUGACAACAACUUGAGCUUUUUCAACACUUCUAAGACAUGCAUUGUGCUGAAAAGAAAGAAUGUGAGAGCUAGUUCAUUUAAAAUCCCUGUGUACAAAGUGAUGGUGACCAUAAUUUGGUGACCUGGUUAUAUUUAAAAUAUAAUGUUGUUUUGAACCAAAAAUCACAAAAAGCAGUUGUAAGUGCAUGUAAUACAGUAAUACAGUCUCUCACAAAUUGACUGCAUCAAAUCAGAGGUUAAAAAUUACUACUUUAAAAUGAU